AUGCUCGCCCGCGCAAGCGCAAGCACCCCAGCCUCUACCGACGCCUCUACAACCUCCACCGCGACUCCCUCCACCACCGCAUCUCAAUCCGCUUCACCCACCACAGACCUCAACCUCACCGCCACACCAACCUCCACAAGCGACUCAAAGUUUUCCAUAAGCAUAGGCGGCGUCGCAGGCGGCAUCCUUGGAGGCCUCGUAGGCCUUGCCGCCAUCUGCGCAGGCGUCCUCUUCUUCCUCCGCCGCCGCAAGAGGAAAAACCUCUACGCUGCGCCCACGGACCAACCACCUCAAAAUCCAUUCGAUACCCCCGCCUCGAGCUACGCGACGCCAGUCCCAUACGGAGGACAGGAAAUCAAGCCUCCAGGCGUGGCGGAUGGGACGUAUGCCUGGGGAGGAGGAGGAGUCUACCCGCAAGGCGCGUACGAUCCGCACUACGGCGCUGCAGAAAUGCCUGCGCAGCCGCCGACGAGAAAUGGCGUUGCGGAGAUGGACGCGGGGAGUUACGCUGCAAUGAAAUACGCACAUGCGACCGACGUGCCGCUGCAACCUAUGAGCCCGCCCGCAGAGCUGCCUUCGCAGGCUCCCGCGCCGCAGGAGCUACCCACCCAGCGAUGA